UGACAGUGAACGUGCCAUUUCAAUCCAUAUUCUCCAUCUUCCUCCAACAAGGCAAGGGACCAGUCUGCGUCUUGAGCCGAACGUAACAUUUUCCCGCUGUCAUACAAGCAACCAGAUUUAAAGGACCACAACCAUGACGGACUCCAAAUAUUUCACAACAAACAAAAAAGGGGAGAUCUUUGAACUGAAGGCUGAGCUGAACAAUGAGAAGAAGGAAAAGAGAAAAGAGGCAGUGAAGAAAGUCAUUGCUGCCAUGACUGUCGGCAAGGAUGUCAGUUCUUUAUUCCCAGAUGUGGUGAACUGCAUGCAGACCGACAACCUGGAGCUGAAGAAGUUGGUCUACCUCUACUUAAUGAACUACGCCAAGAGCCAGCCUGACAUGGCCAUAAUGGCUGUCAACAGCUUUGUCAAGGACUGUGAGGACCCAAACCCUCUGAUCCGUGCUCUGGCCGUCCGCACCAUGGGCUGCAUCCGGGUGGACAAGAUCACAGAGUACCUGUGUGAGCCACUGAGGAAGUGUCUGAAGGAUGAGGACCCAUAUGUGAGGAAGACUGCGGCUGUUUGUGUGGCUAAACUGCAUGACAUCAACGCCCAGAUGGUGGAGGACCAGGGCUUCCUGGACUCCCUGAGAGAUCUCAUUGCUGAUUCAAACCCCAUGGUUGUGGCCAAUGCUGUUGCCGCCCUAUCUGAGAUCAGCGAGUCUCACCCCAACAGCAACCUGCUGGACCUCAAUCCCCAGAACAUCAACAAGCUGCUGACAGCCCUCAACGAGUGCACAGAGUGGGGACAGAUCUUCAUCCUCGACUGCUUGUCCAACUACAACCCCAAGGAUGAGCGCGAGGCCCAAAGCAUCUGCGAGCGUGUCACUCCCCGGCUGUCUCACGCCAACUCAGCCGUGGUGCUGUCAGCUGUCAAGGUGCUGAUGAAGUUCUUGGAGCUGUUGCCAAAGGACUCCGACUACUACAACACCUUGCUGAAGAAGUUAUCCCCACCACUGGUCACCUUACUUUCUGGAGAGCCGGAGGUCCAGUACGUGGCUCUGAGGAACAUCAACCUCAUUGUCCAGAAAAGGCCUGAGAUCCUCAAGCAGGAGAUUAAAGUGUUCUUUGUUAAGUACAACGACCCAAUCUAUGUGAAGCUGGAGAAACUGGACAUCAUGAUCCGGUUGGCAUCUCAGGCAAACAUUGCCCAGGUGCUGGCUGAGCUGAAGGAAUACGCCACGGAGGUGGAUGUUGACUUUGUGCGCAAAGCUGUCCGAGCCAUCGGACGCUGUGCCAUCAAAGUGGAGCAAUCAGCUGAGCGCUGUGUCAGCACCUUGCUGGACCUGAUCCAGACCAAGGUCAACUAUGUGGUCCAGGAAGCUAUUGUGGUCAUCAGGGACAUCUUCCGCAAGUACCCCAACAAGUAUGAAAGCAUCAUUGCCACACUGUGUGAGAAUUUGGAUUCCCUGGAUGAGCCUGAUGCUCGUGCUGCCAUGAUCUGGAUUGUUGGCGAGUACGCCGAGAGGAUCGACAACGCUGACGAGCUGCUGGAGAGCUUCCUCGAGGGCUUCCAUGAUGAGAGCACUCAGGUCCAGCUCACUCUGCUGACAGCCAUUGUCAAGCUCUUCCUAAAGAAGCCAUCAGAGACUCAGGAGUUGGUGCAGCAGGUUCUCAGCUUGGCCACUCAGGACUCUGACAACCCUGACCUGCGUGACAGGGGCUACAUUUAUUGGCGCCUGUUGUCCACUGACCCUGUGACCGCCAAGGAGGUGGUGUUGUCAGAAAAACCCCUGAUCUCAGAGGAGACUGAUCUGAUUGAGCCCACCCUAUUGGAUGAGCUCAUCUGCCAUAUUGGCUCCCUGGCGUCUGUCUAUCACAAACCCCCCAGCGCCUUUGUCGAGGGCAGCCAUGGAAUCCACCGCAAACACCUUCCUGUGCAGCACAGCAGCAUUGAUACUGGUGAGAGCCCAGUGAGCGGUGGGCCAGCAGCUGCCAUGGACCAGCCACAUGUCAUCCCUAGCCAGGGUGACCUGCUGGGUGACCUGCUGAACCUGGAUCUGGGCCCACCAGUCAAUGUGCCCCAGGUCUCCUCCAUGCAGAUGGGUGCAGUGGACCUUCUGGGAGGAGGUCUUGACAGUUUGCUGGGGGGAGACCUGGGCGGAGGUGUUGGGGGAAGUCCAGCAGUUGGACAGAACUUCAUCCCCUCAUCUGUCCCGAGUACUUUUGCUCCGUCACCCACACCAGCACCUCCAGCCGUUAGCAGCGGCCUUAACGACUUGUUUGAGCUCUCCACGGGCAUGGCCAUCACCACUGGAGGCUAUGUAGCUGCAAAAGCAGUGUGGCUGCCUGCAGUGAAAGCAAAGGGACUGGAGAUCUCUGGCACCUUCUCUCGCCGCCAGGGUCACAUGUACAUGGACAUGACUUUCACCAACAAGGCACUGCAACACAUGACCGACUUUGCUGUCCAGUUCAACAAGAACAGUUUUGGGAUGAUCCCCACCAGUCCUCUGCCCAUUCACACUCCACUAAUGCCCAGCCAAAGUAUUGAAGUUUCUUUGCCAAUCAACACCAUUGGGCCAGUCAUGAAGAUGGACCCACUGAACAAUCUGCAGGUGGCUGUGAAGAACAGUAUUGAUGUCUUCUACUUCAGCGUACUCAUCCCUCUCAAUAUAUUCUUUGUGGAGGAUGGAAAAAUGGAGCGACAGGUGUUCCUGGCUACCUGGAAAGACAUCCCCAAUGAGAACGAGCUCCAGUACCAGAUUAAGGAGUGCCACCUAAAUGCAGAUACAGUUUCAGGGAAGCUGCAGAAUAACAACAUCUACACCAUUGCCAAGAGAAAUGUAGAAGGCCAGGAUAUGCUCUAUCAGUCCCUCAAGUUAACCAACGGCAUCUGGAUCCUUGCUGAACUGCGCAUUCAACCUGGCAACCCCAACUAUACGCUGUCUCUCAAGUGUCGGGCCCCUGAGGUUUCUCAGUAUGUCUACCAGAUGUAUGACGCCGUGCUGAAGAACUGACCUGCUCCAACACUUUGCAGCUCUGUUUCAUCCUGACAACAAACAGCAGCGUUUCUAUCAUUUUCUACCAUCUGCUGCUACAACUGCCAAAAGAAAGGAAUCUAAAUGAUGAAAUAAUUUUGAAUAUUGGGUAUUUUUCCCUCUCAGAGAUCAACAAGGAAAAUGUUAGUAAAUACAAAUGAAUAGUGGGUAAUCACCAUACUGUAAUUAUGUGUAAUGUACUGAAGUUCAGCAGUACAGACACUGUUGAUUUUUCCUUUAUUUUGGCAGUUGAAAGCAUUAUUCAACUCCCCAUUUAGAUUUUUGCCUCCCAGUAAGAACACGUCUAUCAUUCCAUCCUUAACUUACUGUCUUAAUGUUGUGAAGAUGUGUCUGAUGGUGAAACUGUCCUGAGUGGAAACUAAAAUGUUUAUUAUCUACUGCGUGUGGCUGACACGUUUUUCGUUCUGAUUUAUUUUUGAUACAUGCUUUGCCUCAGUUGUAGCUACAGCGUAAUACCGGUGUUGAUCUGUUCCUUUUGCCAUGUAUGUGUGAUGAGUCGAGACCAACAAUCAUGUUUGUCAGAAGCUACUAAUGUCCGUUCUACAGAAUGUGUGGCUCCGAGAGUCCACAGCUUACAAUUACUACUUGAGACAUGCCAAAUCGAAAAAUGUUAUACACUAUUUUGCUGUUCCUGUCAUGGCUUUAACACAGCUUGUUGUGUUCUAUUAGAUUUUGUGCAACAUGUAGAUACAAUUUGUAUUUUUUACUCCAUAAGUAUGAAGCAUUGUAAAGUAAGUGAAACACUUCGAGGGAAAUUUCAAACAGGAUUAUUCAAACAUAAACUAUAAUGUAGUUGCCAAGUCUUGAAAUGAUAUUGCUUCUCCUCACAUGAAUUAUGUUUUUAUCUUAAUCAGCACUCCGCCUUCAUCUCCAGAACAACAGGUAAAUGUAUUCAGAAUAGUCAGCUUUUUUAAAACUAUUUUCUUUUAGGCCUUUUAAUGGUAAACUUUUUUAAAAUGUGCGCAUAGAGUGCAUUUUUACAUAAUAAAGUCAUGUUGAAAAAUACACAACACAUCCAGUGUAGUGAGGCAUCUGCAGGCUAAGUGGGUCCCUCCACAAGUAGAACAGACAUUUUAGAAGCUUCUGACAGGCAAUAAACAUACAGUACAUUUGUUUAAAUUCUUGGGUAAAACUUGCCAAGCAGCCAUUAUUUUCAACUUCAAGUCUUUGAUCAUUAACUUGGAACCACUACACAAACCACAGCAGCUAUUGAUUUUGUGUUAACACAUCAGUGCCACUCCGUUUUAAGAAUAAUCGCUAAUUUGCUCCACAUGUAAUUCUUUUUAUAGUAACCCAUUUACUGCAACCACAUAGUUGUACACGGCUUUAUACACCUGUAUUUUCAUUCCUAUUUAUUGUGCAUCUACCUCUGUGUGUUUCCUUUUUAAUUAAUUGUUGCAGGAGCUUCAAUUCUUUAUUGUGCUUUAAAUGUUUUCACCUUUUCUUGGAUGCCAGUGUUGUUUUUCUAGUCAUGCCAUUUUUGUCAAGCCAAUCUAAACCAGUUUUAAAGUCAGCCAAACCAAUCUCACAGGACUAAGCAUCCAAAUUUAAUGCCAAGCUUACGUUUUAGUACCCUAGUGUCAAUAUGACUUUCUAAUGUUGGCGUUGUUUGUGCUAUAGAACAUUAGAGUGUAUAUGCUCUAAGGCCCAGAGUACAGUGUAGUCCAGUGAUGGUGUAGUUUGUGUGGCUAAUAAAUUAAAAAUGUUUUGGUAUUACCCUGCAAAUGAAAUGAAGCUCUAUCUAUUCCACAGAAAAGGCUUUUUCAGGGGAUCAGUUGUGCUGGUGAAACUAUUUUCCUACAUGGCAAUUUAAAAUUACAUUUAUGUGCCUGCAUGAGCCUACUAUCCAUUCUAUCCAUUUUCAUUUAGACUGUGGAUUUCCUCCAUUGGGAAAAAAUCCUGCAGCUUAAUUUCUCUGUUGAUCAGUUUUUUGUUGUUGUUUUUUUUUUUUACUACUAUCGUCUCUAGCACUCCCACAAAUAGAAGUAUAUACAAAACUGUUGCCAGCAAUACAGAAUGUAUGGAGAGAGCAUUCAUAGCAUCUUAUGAAAUGGAAUAUUUCUAGCACCAUUGCUGUAACCGUGUUGUAAAUGAUUUAUUAUUGUCACUACCAUGUCAAUAAACUGUCAAAUAUA